UAGAAAUUCCUUGAUCCGGAGAAAAUUCCUUUACACGCUCUGAGUUAUAUUUGGUAUCCUCCUUUUCUAUCCUAUCCUGACUCCUGUGACGACGACGAUGACGAGCCCGAUGAAAUGAUGCCUGAACCGAGUCUGAGCAUACAUGUUUUCAAAAUAAGAGCGAGUAUGCGUAUUCAUUUAAAAAAAAAAUGUAAUCAUCAUCGACGUCGUCGUAGGUAGUUUUUGGGGGCUGUGCAAUACCAACCACUUGCACCAUCCACCAACACCAACACCAACAGUAGGAAGAAAAAGGAAAACUCCAAAAAAAACGACAACGUUUUUUUUUAUAUGGACGAAAUUUCUUAACUCUUAAAAACUUUUAACCUUUAGACAGUGUGAACCUAACAACCAGUCGCAUAAAGACUUUAGCUUGUUUACAUCGCCGCGGCUCUAUUUAAAAUCAUUCGCGUGUAUAUUUUAUCCGCACACAUCAUCUCUGUCUACACACAACAAAACAAAAAUGUAUUAAAAAAUAUAAAUUUUUGUAUUUUGUUGAAAAGCAACAAAAAAAAAAAAAAACAAUGUGUAUAAACUAAAAUCAUUUUUAAAUGAAUUUAAUGUUUUGCAUUAUUUUUCUUAAUUAAUUUCCCAAUUAAUUAUGUGUCGGAUGGAAAAUCGUAAAAAGAUACAGAUACCGUUAAUUUGAAUGUGAACCAAAAAAUGUGUGUGUUAAUAUCAAACAUUUUUUCCUUAAUUUCAAUUAAUAUACAUAUAUAGAAAAAGCCAUAUCACACAUCCAAUGUGUAUAUGUGGGUGACUCAAAAAAUAAAAAAAAAACCUCAAAACUUAAUCAAAUUCCAGCUUAAAAGUCUUAAAAUUUCGUUGAAAAUGAAAAAAAAAAAUAAUAACAAUGUUUAAUUCAUUUGAAAAUAUAUACAAUUUCCCCGCCCAAUAUAGUGUUUCUUUUAUUUAAUUUUUUGUAUUUUUCUCAAAUUUUAACUAAAACUGUAACAAAUUAAGUGGAAAAAAAAUAGGGACAGGAUAUAUGAGAGUAUAUAGGAAAAUGUUCAUUUUUGAAAGGGUACACAUCACAGGAUUUAAAGGAUUGACGUUUGUCGGUAUACUAGAAAGAAAGUUAAAGAGGAAAAAAACUUUAAAUUAAAACCAGAAAAUAUUUUAUCUUGCCAAAAAAUCCGAAACAAUAUUCUAAUCAUUGUGUUAUCUGUGCAUAUUUACAUUUCGGUUUCGUUAAAAAAAAAAAAACAUUGACAUAAAUUUGAUUAAUCUUCUGGUAUUUAAGGGAACAUAAAUACUACCCUCAUACUUGUGUGUAUUUCAUUGGUUUUUCAUAAAUAUAUUCCGUCAAAUUUACGAUAAAUCUAAGGGACUAAAAGUUAUCAAAAAAUAGGAAAGAAAAACCGGACACACGAAACAGGAUCCAGACUCUUCUCAACCUUCGACACAUACCUACCUGCCCAACAACUUCUCGUUUUCUGUUGUUGUUGUCGUAUUCGUUGUCAUCGUUAUACCAUUUCGAGUAAACAACAUUUUGGAAGUGUAGAAAACUAAAAUAAGAAAUUUCUAUCCCAAAAUCAAUUAAACAUCAGUGCAGUGAACUCGAAAAAAAAACCGAAACGAAUAAAAAAAAAAUCUUAAAAACUUCCUCAUUAAGGAGGAAUAAAAUAGAGAGACUGCGUGUGUAAGAAAAUGAACUGAUUUUAACAAAAUAUUGCGACGCACAAUUUACUUAUUAAAAACUUAUAAAAAAAAUACAACUUUUUAAACAUAUUUUGUAUAUGAAGACAAAAACAAAUCUCAAAACCAACAACAAACAAAGACUCAAAAAACUUUUCACUUAAAAAAAAAACUAACUAUAUAUAUUUUCGUUUACCGUUUACAUUUUUUUUAUAUGUGUCUUAAAAAUAAGUUUAUCCUGUGUACUUUAAUCAAUAUUACUACUAUUUCUGAGCUAAAAAAAAUAAAAUGUUUUAAAUAAAAGUUUUUGUACUUAAUUUUUUACAAAAGUACAAAAAAUAUAGUGAACUGAACUUAUUCCAAAAAAAAAAAAAAACAAACAUAAGAACAAAAAAAAAGGCUAAUUUUUUUUUUAAUGGGAUCGUUGGAAUUCUUUCAAAAUCAAGAGCAUCAUUUCUUACGACCUCAAUAUCAAAUGAAUCCAUCACCAACACCACAGCAACAACAACAACUCCAAAUGAUUUCAUCACCAAAGCCCCAUCACAAACAGCUAAUGACUGCUAUGGGAAGACAGCAUUCGCAGCCGCUGCCUUCAGAUAAUGCCAACGACUUGAAUACGAAUCCUCAACAAAAUGCGCCAACACAAAUCCAUUCGAGUCCUUGUAGUCCCAUAGUCUCCACUCGGAUGCAGCAACAAAAUCAUCAUCGCCAGCAACAAGUCCAAAAUCAAAACCAAGGCUCCCAGAUCAACAAUCCACAUUCACAUUCAUUGGGAGGUGUGAGUGCGAGUGGCAGUACCACCAUCAUGAUGGCCAAUUCAAUUACCCAGCAACAGCUGAAUAUCCAGCAACAAUUGCAGCAUCAGCAUCAAGCCCAUUUAAAUUUACAUUCGCAUCAUCAAUCGAACAUGAGUAUUAAUUCAACAACAACUGACGGAGCCGUUGGAGGAGGCGGAAUGACUUCGAUGACAAGUGACCAACACUUAAGUCAGUUGUACAACAGCCAGCAACACUCAGAUUACAUAAUUUCAGAUUACAUGGAAAAAAUCUCAACAAGAAUCAGCCUUCUUGAAACGGAGUUAAAAUUCGCUUGGAGAGCCCUCGAUCUUCUUUCUAGCGAAUAUGGAAAGAUGUAUGUACGACUUGACAAGUUGGAGGGAAUUACUAUUGAACAACAAGUGGUGGUUUCUAAUUUAAUGCAGUUGCAUGGACAUGGUCGUUCAAAAGGUGUUGACAACUUAUUUGCAUCCCAACAGCAGCAGCAACAGCAGCAGCCACUGCUUCAAACUGAUGAUUAUGAAUCUGGCAUUGAGAUUCUUCACAAUCCUUCAUCGACAAAUGAUUUCAACAAUCUUCUGGAAGAGCUUAAAAAUGAAGCUCUUGAGCCAACGUUAUCCGCCAGCGGCGGCAGUGUUGUUGCAUUUAAUAAAAUUCCUCUGGCAACGAGAAUCUCCUCAAAGCCUCUGCAUUCAUCAGCAACAACUAGAUCGUUAGAUGAGCUGGGUAUGAAGAGCAGCAGAAUUACCAAAAGCUUCCAAGACAUUCAAAAUCGCUUGCGACAAAAAUUAUACUCCGAUUCAGACAUCGAACAUUAUGACACCCACCAAGAACAAGAGCUUGCCAAGCUCAAAGUUCAAAUGCUAGGAGAACGAGAAUUCAGAGCUGCUGCUGCUGUAAAUAAUGACAGUGAAAACCUUUACAGUAUGAAUGAUAUGGUGGAAAUGCUUCAGUUAGGCGUUGUCGCCGUAGUCGAUGAUAACGCCGAAGAAUCAACACCUUAUGAUCAAGUGCGACAGGAGUAUAAUUUUUUUCGUAACUCGGCCGAAGUAAAUCGCGAGAAAUACAAAAGUAAACUUGGUAGGCUGAGUGACGAAGAUGGCAAUGAAACCGAUGAGUUUUUUCGCCGACCAGCCUCUAAGAUCGCAGAAGGAAGAUUGAUGGCAGUGCCGAUUGAUGACUCGGGAGGAGGAGGUGGAGAAGGAGGUGGCGAUGAUAUGAACGAAGAAUUUUACAAAACACUAAAUCAAGCAUAUCGUGAUGACUACAUAGGGACAAUGCAAACAGAUACUUCAUCCAUACAUACAGGAGGUGUUCACUCACGUCCAAUGUCCUCCCUCGGCAUGAUCUAUGAAGAUAACGAAGACUUAAUUCAAGAACCAUCUGUUUCGAUAUCUUCUUCAACCAUCAUCAGUCGAUCUGCUGUCGAAUCAAUAAUUGUCACCACUCAAUCAGUCAGCAUUUUACCGAAUACCGGCCCAGCACUUAGAUCCACUGACCCAUCCAGAAAGUCUUUGAGAAAUAAAAAGCAACUACACUCUGAAAUGGACAUGUUGAAUAAUUUCAAGUCAGUGCUAGCAGCUACAAAAACAAACGCUUCUGCUGUCAUCACGACAGUUAAUACAACUGCAACUAUCACCACCACAGCUAAAAACUCAUUUCCUCAGUACACGUCGUCAAUUUCGAAUGCUUAUAAUGACAUGGGUAGUUUUCUUCGCCAAGAGAUUUUUGGAGAUGGUACAGCAGCAGGAGGUUCGACCACUGAAAGUGUGUCCAAUUUGAGCUUGGAGCAACAGAAUGACCUGGUUACCGUUAUUAUAGGUGGCAUUAAUAAAAUUGAAGACUUAAGCCAGCUAACUCCCUCGGAAAUGUCAAAACUACGAAAGCUUAUAAAACGUGAAAGUGCGUUCUUCGAACAAAUAAAAAAAGUUGAUAAAAACCUGAUUGGCCUUUUACUCAAUCCAAUUAGCAAAACUGAGAAAGAUCAGGGUGAUCAGAUUGGUGCUGGCAGGAAGUUCAGCGUUAUAAUGGAGAAACUCAAUAGAAAUAUAGCAACAUUGAAGAAACUUAUUGGUCCAUCAGACAUUGUUUGUCCAUCUCCGGCACCGUUGAAAGAGCAACAGUUGAUGCACAACGCUGAUUCUAGUGUGAUAUUGAGAGGAGAUGACGAUGACGAAGAUGGUGAAUAUAGUUAUAGUGCUCAACUCAUCCGCCAUAAUUCAAACUUGAACGAGCAGUUAAAACUGCUUGAAACCAAAGAGACUGAAAUGCAUCGAAGACAGAGAAGUACCAGUGAGUCGGAACGGUACGGGUGCUUUGGCACUGAAAACUAUGUAGACGUUGAUAUUGAACACGAACAAGAGAUUUUUCGACACGGCGAUACUAUUGAUCAUAGGUCUAGCAGUAAUAAUAUUUACAACAACGACGAAUACAUCAAGUCUUUGAAAAAAUCUCUCGAACGACACAAUUCGAUGUUGUUCUUGUUGCAUUUACAAAAUCCUUGUUAUGAAAGGAAGAUUGAUGAUUUUUCGACACUUUGCGAUGAGGAUUUGCUGUGCAAUACAUCUCAAAGUCCACCGCCCCCAGCACCGACAAAUGAAGAGCUUAAAGUUGAAGAGGUUUUCUUUGAUAUCGAUGAAGAUACCAAUAACAUUAUCAUCGAUGAGAGUCAAGAAAUUUCAACGAUGAAUCCGUUUCACUUUGACAUUCUGCAGAUGCAUCGACGUAAAGAGUCACUUGAAGGAGGAGUUAUAAUGAGAAAGGAUGAAAUUGGAAUAGAACAGAAAGAUUUGGAAGAGGAAGACGAAAUUGGACGGAUUGAGCUUUUGAGCCAAGUUCCUGUAAGCCAUUCCUCUUCCAUUGGGAGUGCUGCUUCACGUUAUCAAAGACAUCGACUUCAACAACAACAACAACAGCAACAGCAGCUAUUGCCAAAGAAAGCCAAAUCUGAUUCAGGUCUGAGCUCGUUAAGUGGUAUCUCAGGCGGUGGCAGUUGGGAAAGAUCACCGAUCAUACCAACUUCUAGGCCGAUGGCGGGCAAGUCCAACAGCUCAAUAUUAUUGGAUGAUAGCAAUAGCAAUCCAUUCAACUCAGCGAUGGUGUCAAAAUUUACACACACCAGAUCGGUGACAAUCGCUACAGCAUGCUCACAGAUACCAACAAUUUUAAGCACAACAACAUCGCUCUCCUGUUCCGAGAGGAAUGACUUCAUGUUCUCCGAAGAGAACCUCAAUUAUAUUAAGGAGCUUUCGAAGAACAUGCCAAUCUGCUCGGCGUAUGAGAAUAAAUCGAUGUUUGAUGCACAACGUGAGCGUAUAUUGGGUAAGAAUAGUGGUACUGUGGAUGAAAUGUUGGCCUGGGAUGAACAGCAACAUGCAAAACGUGCAUCACGUGUUGCUGCUGCUGCUGCCAUCGAAGGAUCUCCAUCGGUGGCAGUGGCUGGAGUUGGAGGUACAUCAUCACCAACCUCCGACUCUAUACAAAACUUCCCUGAUUUGAUAAGAAAUCAGACCGAACAGAAUUUCUAUGAUCAGCCACCUCGAGAGUCACCAUCAAUCAUUGAUCAAAAAUCACCAACUUCAUCCAAGGACCCGUUGCAAGUUCGUCAUGCACGCGGUGACCGAGAUCGAGAACGAGAUCGAGACCGAAUCAGCCGAAACAGUCGAAGCAGCUCCCAGACUUCACCAUUUUACGAGGAGACAGAUAUUGAUGAAAUCGAAACCGCUACCCAAAAGCACCGAAAUCUCACUGAUCGUCUGGUUUACUAUCCAUCGUCAAAUAGCUUGACAGAUUACAAUAGCAGUAACAAUUUGGAUUAUAUUGGUGGCCAAGGAGGAGACUAUGGAAAUGGUGCAAGGGCGCGUUAUCGAUGUUACUCCUCCCAGCCAUCAUCGUCACAACUUAGCCGACAUUUGGAACAGCUGGAAAUACUCCACCAGCAACAACAACAGCAGAAACAUAUCAAUGACUUGCAUCAGCAUCAGCAUCAGAUUCAGCAACAACAGCAACCACAACAACGAAACGCUUCACAACAAUCUUACCUGAUAAAUCGUUCAUCUGCUUACGUAAGUCUUCCAACGAAUGUUGGAGAGGACUUCCAGCAGCAAUCAUCAUCAUUCUAUUCAUAUCAUCACCAUCAACAACAUACAAAUCGUUCAAACCACCAUCAGCUGCAACAGCAACAACAACACACGAGUAAGCACAAGCAAAAGAUCCAACUACAAGGAGAAAAACACGGUGGCAAGUUCCAUGUAUGGGGAAAAAUUAGUCAUCUUUUGCCUGAUCUGCGGUUGAAACGCAUGAGCAAACACAAUCGAUCACAGUCCUUAGACAUGAAUGUCGAGCAUGAUGGCUAUGGUCCUGGUCCUGGUCCUUAUCAACAGCAUCAGCAACAACAACAACAACAACAGCACUAUCCAGACAAACAUCAUCAAAAGGUUCAUGGACUUGACUUAAUGAAACGAUUUUCAAAAGUUCCUCCCAUGACUCGACGUGCAACUCAUACAGGUGCUCAAAAGCAAUCAUCAUCAGCAAGCAUGGUGGGUUCAGGUUCAAGGAAAAAGAAACGCUCACUCUCCUCUACUGUAAGCAACUUGAUGCAAAAAGCCAAAACUUAUCGGCGUUAUAGCUUUGGCGCAGCUCGUCCUGGCUCGAGUAUGUCGGAUCCUGGAGAGGAAAUGCCUAAUUUUACUUCAUCCGAUAACGACGAUAAUACAGUUAGUGAUUCGAGAAACUCCUUGCAGAAUGACUCAGACUUUUAUAGCGUCACAGAUGAAAAUAGGUGCUCAGAAUAUAACCAACAAGAUCGCCAAAUUUCGUUGGAUGAUGGCUACCAACAACAUCAACAUCAACUUGCUAGACGAUCUCGAAGAGAAGAUAGUAUGAGACUUGACAUCGUUGUGCAAAGAGUUCGUUCGGCGUCUAUAGACUCAUACCAAAUACAACCGUCUGCAUUGUCACCACCAACACGUGAAGAAAAAGAAGAAGCCUCAUACGCAGUUGUUAACAAGGUGCAUCGUACGCCAACAGAACCCUCGGCCUCGUCAACCGAAAAUAACGGUGAUGUCUUCUUUAAAUCAAUGUUUCCGACUGUUGGCGAUGCCAUCAAAAGUCAUCCGCUAGACAAAGAAUCUGAGUUUGAAGAUCAAGAAGCUCCACAACAAGUUGUUACUCCACAAGAUCAAAUGUCCCUUCCAGACAUUAAGAUCCAACCUGAUCCAGAACCCAUUCAAGACAUCGAAAGCCCAGCGCCAGCGCCCGAGAGAAGAUUAUCCUCAACAGGUGGCCCUCAGUUGCAAAAGACUCACUCCAUGUACGUAGAAGAUGACGAUGUGGAUGAGGUCUGCACCUCAAUGGGAUUUAGUCAGCCCCAAAUAAUGACCAUAGUUAUGACUCAACCCACCACGAUCCCUUAUCACAAUGGUAACCUGGUGUCGACGUCAUCCAUGUCGAUGUCUCGAAACAUUAAAUAUGGCCAACGCUCACAGGCUUCCUUAGAUAUUCCAUCGGGCGUACGCGACGACGACGACAACCGAAGUCAACAUUCCUAUCGCACCGUUUCUUCCUCUCGACGGCAAAGUACCGAAGAUAGCAUUGACACUGAUGAUGAAUAUUUCUGCUAUGAGCUGCGGCAGCUAGAAGAACUUGAAACGCAAGCCCAACUCGAUGCCCAGAUGAAUCAGGAGGGUCUGCUUUCACAAAUCGAUCAACUUGGUACUGGCCAGCUGGAUGGUACAACAUUCGCUAUUCCAACAAAUUCCAUUCUGCUAUAUCAGCCAGAUCCUCAAGUCAAGGAACAGAUGACAAAUGUGCUCGACGAGCUCAAGUGCAAUGUUAAAGUGUUAGAUGAAAGCUUUGAAAUAGAUGAAACAGAAGAUGGUAUUGAAGAUGCCGCCGUCGGUUCUGAUGAUGACCAGCAGAACAAAGAUAUUGUUCCAUCUGAAGAAGAAUUUCCUAUGUCAAAUGGUCGCCAUUCACACUAUCAAUUGCCACCUAUUCCCACACAGUACCAUCAUCACAUCCUACCACAAACUCCAAGUGUCCAGGGGCACUUUCAUCAUCAGCGCAUGCCAUCGGCAGUCAUCACUAAUCCAAAGCUUAAUAUUUACGAAAAGUUUGCUAAAGUAACAGACGUUCAUAGUGCCUGGCAGGAUAACGAUGACGCUGAAGAACAGCGAAUGCUAAAAGAACUGAACAUGGUUGAGGCAAAUAUGAUGCAUGAUCAACAACAAAAACAGCAGCAGCAACAGAGGCAGUUGAAGAAAGUAAAAAAAGUGAAGAAACGUCAAAGGAAUGUUAGAAAAAUGCCAACUGAUGCCGAAGAUAGUGCCGAUGAUAUUCCGUUUUCAUCCUCGUCAUCACCAUACUCCUCAUGCGCCGAGGAUCGUGGUGAUCUUCGAGUUGUUGAGCCUAAUCAUGGAUUGGUCGUUCCUGCAAAGCGUCGCACAACACCUACAACAAAUAUUAAAUAUGAAGUACCUCCUGAACCAAUCAUUACCGAUGACAAAGAUAUUGCAGACGUUGCAUCUGAAGAUGAAAACGCUAGUCAGUCAUCCGGUGCUACAUCUGGACCCGAUACGCCAACUGACAUGAGUGACAAUCAAGAGGAAGAAGAAAAACAAGAUUACGGAGAGGUGUUCAAAACUUUUAAGCAGAACUACAAUGAAUUUAAGGAAAACCAACAACAACAACCAGCAAAAAAACAUGACCAAAGCGAGGAGCAGUUAGAGCAGCAGUUGGUUCAAAAAAUGGAGGAAAGCAAUCAAGACGAGACAACAGAAACACCUGUUCCUACUUCUAAAACGUCAGAAACAACAUCUACAACAAUGAAUGGACACAUGGAGGAAACCACCUCAAAAACACCAACAACUGAUGACGAAGAAGCCGAUGUUGUUGGCAAAAGUAAAAUCAUUAAUGGUGUUGUGAAGAAAACCAGCCUCAGCAAGGCCAAUAGUCAAGAGUCAAGUGCAAGUAUGGAAGGUUCAGCGGUUGCUAAUGGUUGUGCAUUGGGCAGCAGUAAAUGGAAACUACUUAAAACUCUCAAAGAAAAGAAGCUCGAAGAGCGUAACAAUCAGGAUAAAGCCAAAGAAGAAGAGCUGUCUAAGGACAAAGAAAAGAAUGGAUCAGGACCAGGUGAUGUCGGAGGCCGAGGCAAUGGUCAUCCGGGUGAUAAUCCCUUCUAUAGCAAUAUCGAUAGUAUGCCUGACAUUCGACCCAGGAGGAAAUCAAUUCCACUCGUAUCAGAACUUACCAUGGCUGCAACGAAAAGAAAUGCUGGAUUGACAUCAGCUGUACCUCGAGCAACCCUUAAUGAUGAAGAAUUGAAAAUGCACGUUUACAAAAAAGCCCUCCAGGCUCUCAUCUAUCCCAUCUCAUCAACAACACCACAUAAUUUUGUACUAUGGACGGCUACAUCACCAACUUAUUGCUACGAAUGCGAAGGUCUGCUUUGGGGUAUUGCCCGGCAAGGUGUUCGUUGCACAGAGUGCGGUGUGAAAUGUCAUGAAAAGUGCAAGGAUCUCCUUAAUGCUGAUUGUCUACAAAGAGCUGCUGAAAAAAGUUCAAAACAUGGCGCUGAAGAUAAAGCCAACUCGAUCAUAACCGCCAUGAAAGAGCGAAUGAAACAGCGUGAGCGUGAGAAGCCUGAAAUAUUUGAACUAAUCCGGAUGACAUUCGGUGUGGAUCCAGAUACACACAUAGAUUCAUUAGAACAGGCUGAGCAAGCAACCGUUGAGGGAACAUCUAAAUGGUCAUGCAAAUUAACAAUUACAGUGAUAUGUGCUCAAGGCCUGAUAGCGAAGGAUAAAAGCGGUACCAGUGAUCCAUAUGUGACGGUGCAGGUUAGCAAGGUGAAAAAACGUACACGCACAAUGCCACAGGAGUUGAAUCCUGUGUGGAAUGAGAAGUUUCACUUCGAAUGCCACAAUUCAUCGGACCGUAUCAAAGUACGCGUCUGGGACGAAGAUAACGAUCUCAAGUCGAAACUUCGUCAGAAGUUGACGCGUGAAUCCGAUGACUUCCUUGGCCAGACAAUAAUCGAAGUGCGAACACUCUCUGGCGAAAUGGAUGUGUGGUAUAAUCUAGAGAAACGUACUGAUAAAUCAGCUGUAUCCGGUGCAAUACGUUUACACAUAUCGGUUGAAAUCAAAGGUGAAGAGAAAGUAGCACCUUACCACGUCCAGUAUACUUGCCUUCAUGAAAAUUUAUUUCAUUAUUUGUGCGAGGAGAAUUGCGGAAUGGUAAAACUUCCUCAACAAAAAGGUGACGACGCAUGGAAGUUAUAUUUCGAUGAGAUUCCCGAGGAAAUUGUCGACGAAUUUGCCAUGCGCUAUGGCAUUGAAAAUAUCUACCAGGCCAUGACACAUUUUCAUUGUUUGUCAACAAAAUACUUGUGUCCAGGUGUACCGGCUGUGAUGAGCACUUUAUUGGCUAACAUAAAUGCAUACUAUGCCCAUACAACAGCAUCAUCGGCUGUAUCAGCCAGCGAUCGAUUUGCUGCAAGUAAUUUUGGAAAGGAAAAGUUUGUUAAGCUAUUGGACCAAUUGCAUAAUUCAUUGCGAAUCGAUUUGUCUAUGUAUCGCAAUAAUUUCCCAGCACCGCAGCAGGAGAAGCUUAUGGAUCUUAAAUCAACUGUUGAUCUGCUGACCAGUAUAACAUUCUUUAGAAUGAAGGUCCAAGAACUAUCAAGUCCACCAAGAGCUAGUACUGUAGUUAAAGAUUGCGUGAAAGCCUGUCUUAGAUCCACCUAUCAAUUCCUUUUUGAGAACUGCUAUGAGCUAUACAAUCGGGAAUUUCAGGUGGAUCCAAACGAGGCUAAACGUGACCCUGACGAUCAUGGUCCCAAACUGGACAGCGUUGACUUCUGGCAUAAGCUAAUAGCACUAAUAGUGUCAAUAAUAGAAGAGGAUAAAAAUAGUUAUGGCACGGUUUUGAAUCAAUUCCCACAGGAACUGAAUAUUGGCCAACUAUCCGCGGCCACAAUGUGGGGACUUUUCGCUGUUGAUAUGAAGUAUGCUCUCGAAGAGCACGAACAACAUCGUCUAUGUAAAUCUUCAGCAUACAUGAAUCUACAUUUUCGUGUGAAAUGGUUGUAUAGUAAUUACGUUAAAGAAGUCCCACCGUACAAGGGUGCUGUUCCUGAGUACCCUGCCUGGUUCGAACCGUUCGUUAUGCAGUGGUUAAACGAGAAUGAUGAUGUUUCUCUUGAAUAUCUUCAUGGUGCAUUUAAUCGUGAUAAGAAAGAUGGUUUUCAAAAGAGUAGUGAACACGCCCUGUUUUCCAACUCAGUGGUAGAUGUAUUCACUCAACUGACGCAAUGUUUCGAUGUUGUUAGCAAGCUCGAGUGUCCGGAUCCAGAAAUAUGGAAGCGUUACAUGAGGCGCUUUGCUAAGACCAUUGUAAAAGUGCUAAUAGCUUAUGCCGAUAUUGUCAAAAAAGAGUUCCCAGAGCAUAUGAGAGAUGAAAGAAUUGCAUGCAUCUUAAUGAAUAAUAUUCAACAACUGAGAGUUCAGCUAGAGAAGAUGUUUGAAUCAAUGGGUGGCGAUAAGCUCGAAGAAGACGCAGCUAAUAUUCUCAAAGAACUUCAGCAGAACCUCAAUUCUGCGCUGGAUGAUUUGGCAUGUCUAUUUGCCAUAAGCCUUGAGCCAAGAAUUACGCAAUCGGUGCGGGAACUUGGUGAUCUCCUUCUAUCUGUCAAAGGUGGUGGUAAUCUCAAUGCCAAUCAGGCUGCCCAACGUAAUGCUGUUGCCGUUGAAGCUGACGAAGUAUUACGACCGCUCAUGGACUUGCUGGAUGGUUCACUUACUUUGUAUGCCCAAUCUUGUGAGAAGACUGUUCUCAAGCGAUUGCUAAAAGAACUCUGGAAGAUUGUUAUGCGCAUACUUGAGAAAACUAUUGUCCUCCCACCAAUGACUGACCGAACAAUGAUGUUCAAAAAUAUAACGGACAAUGCCAAGAAUCUAGCUGCCAAUGCCAAAAUCGAGGACAUGGGUCGAUUGUUCAAAAAUCACAUGGCUGGUAAACAGGAUGUGAAGAAUGCUCUCAGUGGGGUCAUGGAUAUUUCCAAAGAAGUCGAGAAGAAUCUCUCACCCAAGCAAUGUGCCGUACUGGAUGUUGCGUUGGACACCAUCAAACAGUAUUUCCAUGCCGGUGGCAAUGGUCUAAAGAAAACAUUCCUUGAAAAAUCAGCUGAAUUGCAGAGUCUCCGAUACGCACUCAGCCUCUAUACCCAAAUGACUGAUACCUUGAUAAAGACAUUUAUCACCAGUCAAGUUCACGAAGUUAAAACUCGUGAACUUACUGCUGAAGAAGCUAAAAGGCUUGCAACUGAGCCCAACGUGGAGGAGCCUGUCAAAAACAGAAAACCAUUAAAACGUGAAAAUCGGCAAGACUCACAAAAUGCCGAUGAAACUGUUGGUGAAAUUUCUGUGCAAAUUGAUUUAUUCACACAUCCUGGAACCGGUGAACACAAAGUUACUGUAAAAGUGGUCGCUGCGAAUGACUUGAAAUGGCAAAUACAAUCGGGAAUGUUCCGUCCGUUUGUGGAAAUUAAUUUGAUUGGACCACAUUUACAGGAUAAGAAGAGAAAACAUGCAACCAAAUCAAAAUCUAACAACUGGUCCCCUAAAUAUAAUGAGGCUUUUCACUUCAUGAUUGGAAAUGAAGAACAAUUGGAUUUCUUCGAACUGCAUAUCUGUGUUAAGGAUUAUUGUUUUGCUCGUGAAGAUCGCCUUGUUGGUGUUGCAAUACUUCAACUAAAGGAUAUUGUCGAAAAGGGAUCAUGUGCCUGUUGGCUGCCACUAGCCAAACGAAUUCAAAUGGAUGAAACGGGUUGGACUAUAUUACGUAUCCUCUCACAAAGAAAUAACGAUGAAGUUGCCAAAGAAUUUGUAAAGCUGAAAUCUGAAAUCCGACAGGAGCCUAUGAUGGGAACUUAAACAAUGUGAAUUAAAAAAAAAAAAAACAAGAAACCAUAGCAAAAAAAAAGAAAAACAAAUUAACUAUAUAAUUAGAUAUCAAUUUAUUUUUUACUAUUUUUUUUUUUAUUUUUCUUCUUUUUUAAUUUUUUGUUUUGUAUUUAAAAACAAAAACUUUUUUUUUGCUAUACUAACACUUGGUUUUUAUAUAACAAAUUUUCAAUAGAAAAUAUACAUUUAUUGAAAACAAAACUAAGAGUAUUAAAACAAAUAAUUGUGUUGCUGUUGCAUAACAAAGCAAAAUAAGCGUCUAUUAAUAUCAAAAAAAAAAAAAAAACAAACAAACAGUAAGCUUAAACAAUUGUAUAUUAUGUACAUGGAAAAUAAGAAAUGUUUAUUUGAAUAUAAAUAGUUUUUAAAAUUGUAGAAUAGGUAAAAAGACACUUUAGCGUGGCAAUGUACAUAAAAUAAAUUGGAACAAAACAAACUUUGCAAAUAUCCUUCUUAAAAAAAAAUUAAUUUUAAACCUCAAAUAUAUAAAUUAUUACUAUCACCAAAAUAAUUAAAAAAAACACAUACACACAAAAUAUUUCAAAUAAAAUCAAAGAAAAAAUCUAUGAUUUGACGUUAAAUAUUUUACCCAUCAUUAAUCAAUCAUUAACAAAACAACAAAAACCAAACAAAAAAAAAGCUUACAAAACUGGUUUAACGAUUUUGUUGCAAGAAAAAAAAAUGUAAUUCCUAACAACGGUUAUAAAAUUAUUGCAAAAAUAAUUGUACAAUCGCAUCAUUAAUUUUAAUUUCAUUUAAAAUAACCAUCACCUGUAUUGCGAAUGCCAUUUAUCAAUUGAUUGUUGGUAAAUAAUAAAAACUUGGCGUUUUAAAUUCUAAUUUAUGGAAAAAGUGGUCAACUCUUUAAUGGAAUUUUAAAAUUGUUUUCAAAACAUUUGUGAAUUAAGUAAUAAAAUAUGGAAAUCUUAUGAUCUUAUCAAAAAUGUCCAUUGAUAGUUGUAGAUCGCAAUGAAUUUUAAGCAUUCCUAAAGUGCAUGUUGGAACAGCCAUUAUGGAAGUUUGACUUUUUUUGCAUGGUGGAACUUGCAACAGGUUACCUAUCCUAUAGGCUUGCACGAGUUUAAUGACAGUUUGAUUACUUAUUGGAAGAAAGGGUUUAAUUUUGUUAGGUUUAGUUAUCUUCCUACCUUUUUAUAAUAAAUCAUUUAUCAAAUAAAAGUAAACCAUUUAACUUCAGUUUAAACUCUCAAAACUACUUUCGAAUUCAUGUGUGUUUUUUUUAUGAGAUUUUGUUUUUGGAACAUGAAUUUUGUUCCUGAAUCAUGUUCCCAGAUUCAAAAACUACUGGAAGUUUUGAACAAAAAACACAAGAAGUUUCCCUUAUUUUAUACUCAUAUUUAUUUUUAAUACUUCCAAAUUUCUUUUGCUAUUCUUAAUAUUUCAUAGCUAUGAUCCACAUGAGUAAGAAUAGCUCCGACCCAGUCGUGCAUUUGUUUUAAUUUUAUAUUUUCGACUUCCUUUAAUUUUUCGAUUUUUGUUUGUACGUGAAAAUAAAUUAUCUUCAUUCAAUAUUCUUAUUGCAUGAUAAUUCAAUAAUUAAUAUCGAAUUUUACACCUUUUUCCCUCCGAAACUCGAAAACUUCGUCAUUAUAUAGAUAACACAUAAAUAAAUAAAUAUUUGGCACGUGAAUCUUUUAUCAAUUUUUAUUUUUUUGAAAAAAAAAAACUGAUAAAUCUACUUAACAAAAAAAAAACAUUUGCAUUGUUUACCAAAAAAAACACACACAAAUAAUAAUAAAUUAGGAAUAACCUAAAACGAUAAAAAUAAAAUAAUUCAACAAUAAUUACUACAACAUAAUAAUGCGCGGUCCAAAUAGCAAAAUUAAAUAUAAUUAAAUAAAUUAUGAACAAAAACAUUUCAACCAAAAAAAUCAUAAAACCAGAAAUUAUGUAAAACUGAAAGAUUAAUUUUUUUAAUUUAUAAGCUUGAUAACGUAAUUUUCAUUUUUGAAAAUAUUAACAGUUGUAUUUGUGAGUAUAUAUAUAUAUUAAAGCAUAUACAUACAUAUAUUAAUAUAUAAUUUUAAAAAGAAACAGAAAAAAAGAAUUUUCAAACACUUUUACUAGCUAAAAAAUCUCUUUCCAAUUCCUUUUUUUCCUUGUAUAUGUAAAUAUAAUAUUAAAAAGAAAAAAAAAAAAACAAUAAUAGGCUUUAUUAAUGUUAAUGAAAAAUAUUAUAAAAAAUAUCGUUAAUAUGUAAUGAGAACAAAUUAAAUGAAUAAAUUAAAUUAUUAAGUUCACUAUCUAAAUUUUAAAAACAAGAUCAAAAGCUGUGGCUCUUAAUUAUUUAUAAGCUAGCGGGCUUUUCUUAUGAAAAAAAAAAAAACAAAAAAACAAAGGAGAAACAUUUAUGUAUUAGUUCUUUGCACAAUAAUAAA